GUCACGUCACCUCUUCCAGAGAGCAAAUCUCGCGAGACCGGGUUUCAGGAAGUUCCACGUCAGUACCACUGCACUGUUCACCGACAUUUGGACCCAAUUGCAACUGUUCACAGUAUAAUUCUCGAAUCUUAUUGUGACAACGCGGGGAGAAAUCAUGCCUCUGAGGCUGGAUAUCAAGCGGAGGCUCACAGCCAGGUCGGACCGUGUGAAAAGUGUGGACCUGCACCCGACUGAACCAUGGAUGUUGGCCAGUCUGUACAACGGCAGCGUCUGUGUGUGGAACCAUGAAACACAGACUCUUGUCAAGACCUUUGAAGUAUGUGACCUCCCUGUCAGAGCUUCUAAGUUUGUGGCAAGGAAGAACUGGGUCAUCACUGGAGCGGACGACAUGCAGAUCCGUGUAUUCAACUAUAACACCCUGGAGCGGGUGCACAUGUUUGAGGCCCACUCUGAUUACAUCCGCUGCAUUGCUGUCCAUCCAACCCAGCCCUACAUCCUCACCAGCAGUGAUGACAUGUUGAUCAAGCUGUGGGACUGGGAGAAGAAGUGGUCAUGCAGCCAAGUGUUUGAGGGUCACACUCACUAUGUCAUGCAGAUUGUUAUCAACCCGAAGGACAAUAAUCAGUUUGCCAGUGCCUCUCUGGACAGAACUAUAAAGGUUUGGCAGCUAGGCUCAUCAUCUCCCAAUUUCACAUUGGAGGGUCAUGAGAAAGGAGUCAAUUGUAUCGAUUAUUACAGCGGAGGAGAUAAGCCCUACCUCAUCUCUGGGGCUGAUGAUCGUCAAGUCAAGAUUUGGGACUACCAGAACAAGACGUGUGUUCAGACUCUGGAGGGACAUGCUCAGAAUGUUUCAUGCGUCAGCUUUCACCCAGAGCUGCCCAUCAUCAUCACUGGAUCAGAAGAUGGUACAGUGCGUAUCUGGCACUCUAGCACUUACCGUCUGGAGAGCACAUUGAACUACGGCAUGGAGCGAGUGUGGUGUGUGUGUGGCCUCAGGGGCUCCAACAAUGUAGCACUAGGCUAUGAUGAAGGCAGCAUUAUCAUCAAGGUGGGUCGGGAGGAGCCAGCUAUGUCUAUGGACACAAAUGGCAAAAUCAUCUGGGCCAAACACAGUGAAAUACAACAGGCCAACCUGAAGGCAAUGGGUGAUGCUGAGAUUAAGGAUGGAGAAAGGCUGCCACUGGCUGUCAAAGACAUGGGAAGCUGUGAGAUUUACCCACAAACCAUCCAGCAUAACCCAAAUGGAAGGUUUGUUGUGGUGUGUGGCGAUGGAGAGUAUAUAAUCUACACAGCCAUGGCUUUGAGGAACAAGAGCUUUGGAUCAGCACAAGAGUUUGUCUGGGCACAUGACUCCUCUGAAUAUGCUAUCAGAGAAAGCAACAGUGUCGUCAAAAUCUUCAAAAACUUCAAAGAAAAGAAAUCUUUUAAGCCGGACUUUGGAGCUGAAGGUAUCUAUGGAGGCUUUUUGCUUGGGGUAAGGUCAGUGAAUGGCCUGGCAUUUUAUGACUGGGAGAACACAGAGCUGAUCCGCCGCAUUGAGAUCCAGCCUAAACACAUUUUCUGGUCAGACUCUGGUGAGCUGGUGUGCAUCGCUACAGAGGAGUCGUUCUUCAUUCUGCGUUACCUGGCUGAAAAAGUAGCUGCCUCUCAAGAGAACAAUGAAGGAGUGACAGAGGAUGGUAUUGAAGAUGCUUUUGAGGUCCAAGGAGAGAUCCAGGAGAUUGUGAAGACUGGGCUCUGGGUAGGAGACUGUUUUAUUUACACCAGCUCUGUAAACAGGCUAAACUACUACGUUGGAGGGGAGAUUGUUACUAUCGCUCAUCUGGACAGGACCAUGUACCUGCUAGGUUACAUACCCAAAGAUGACCGUCUAUACCUGGGAGACAAGGAGCUCAACAUUGUCAGUUACUCAUUGCUGGUCUCUGUCCUGGAGUACCAGACUGCUGUAAUGAGAAGGGAUUUUGGAAUGGCUGACAAGGUGCUACCAACAAUUCCUAAAGAGCAGAGGACCAGGGUGGCCCAUUUUCUGGAGAAACAGGGUUUCAAGCAGCAGGCAUUGGCUGUGUCUACAGACCCAGAGCACAGAUUUGAGUUGGCUUUGCAGUUGGGGGAGUUAAAGAUAGCCUACCAGCUGGCUGUGGAAGCAGAGUCUGAACAGAAAUGGAAGCAGCUAGCGGAGCUGGCUAUAAGUAAGUGUCAGUUUGGUCUGGCUCAGGAGUGCCUUCACCACGCCCAGGAUUAUGGUGGCCUGCUGCUCCUCGCCACAGCCUCUGGUAAUGCCACUAUGGUGGGCAAGCUGGCUGAGGGGGCAGAAAGGGAUGGAAAGAACAAUGUGGCUUUCAUGACCUACUUCCUGCAGGGGAAACUCGAUCAGUGUUUGGAGCUUUUGAUCAGGACCAACAGACUCCCUGAAGCUGCGUUUCUGGCUCGCACUUACCUUCCUAGCCAGGUGUCCCGUGUGGUCAAAUUGUGGAGGGAGAACCUGGCUAAAGUCAACCAGAAGGCAGCUGAAUCCCUAGCCGACCCAACAGAGUAUGAGAAUUUGUUUCCUGGGCUAAAGGAAUCUUUUGCAGCUGAGCAUUACCUGAGAGAGACCUGCUUGGGCUCCUCCAGGCCUGCCACAGACUAUCCACUUGUUACAGCUAACGAGGACAGGAAUAUUCUGGAGGAGGCUCAAGGAUACGAGCCCAAGGGAACCCUCAUUCCCCCUGUUUUAAAGUCAGAGACACAGGAUAGUGAGGAGGGCACGUCUGAAGCCGAAGCAUCUGUCACUGCAGCGUCACCUGUGACGCAGCCUGAACCUGCUCCUGCAGCAGUGGUUAAAGAGAAAGAAGAAGUCCUCACAUUCUCACAUGACACACAAAAAGACAUGACGCUAGAUGAGCUGGAAGUGGACCUGGACAACAUGGAGCUGGAUGACAUGGACACCACAGAUGUUAACUUUGAUGAUGACUUCCUAGAUGAUUGAAAUGUGUUCCACUUCAGAGCUUAUUUAAAAAAACAAAAAAGAAAAGACCAAACCUCCUUUUACUCCUUUUUGUAUUUGUACGUAAAAAUAUUCUAUUGUCAUGUUCACCUGCUGCAGAGAUGGGUUUCAAGUAGAUGGUGAUGAUGGUGAUAUCAGUAAUCUUUUAAUCUCAAAAUGUGGGCAGAACUUGUUUAUUUCUCACUCUUCAGUUUGAAUGCAAUUUAAAAAUGAUUUGAAAAACUUUGGCUAACUGUCCAUUAGGUGAUAUGUUAUAUUUACUCUUUGUACUGUUUGUCAUGGCAAAUCAACCCUCAUUCAGUCUAAUAAACUGCAGUUGCUGUACAUACUCA